CUUCACUGUCCAGCUCUCUCGCGAAGUGAUCUCGCACUCGAUCUCUGCACUAUUGCUCUUCUGCGAAUCGGAAACUAUAGGUGCAAUCUUCCUGCCUUCACGAACUUUUCUAAAUUUGACCACGUGGAGUGUAAAUAUAGCUCAUAAUGGGCCCUUCACCUCGUGACCAGCUUUCAAAGAUUGAAACAACCUGUGAAUCCCUUCUAUAUGAGCUUCAGAUGAUAUGGAAUGAGGUUGGAGAAUCGGAUGCUGAAAGAGACAAAAUGCUUCUCGAGCUAGAACAAGAGUGCCUUGAGGUAUACAGGAGAAAGGUUGAUUUAGCGAACCGUUCGAGGGCCUAUUUGCGCCAAGCAAUAGCUGAUGUGGAAGCGGAGCUAGCUGCAAUCUGUUCUGCUAUGGGUGAGCGACCUGUUCACCUCAAGCAGUCGAAUCAAAAUGCUACAAGUUUGAAAGAAGAGCUCAUGGCUAUCAACCCUCAAUUAGAAGAGAUGAGAAAGAGGAAAAGUGCUAGAUUGAAACAGUUCCUUCAAAUCAUGGAACAAAUAAGGAAGAUCUCAAGUGAAAUUCAUCCUAAUGGGCAAGCUCUGCCCAGGAUUGUUGUAGAUGAAUCUGAUCUUUCCACAAGAAAGAUCGAGGAAUUUCAGAGACAGUUAGAGGCGCUACAAACGGAGAAGGAUGAUCGGCUUAAGCAAGUGUUGGAACAUUUAAAUACUUUAAAUGCAUUAUGUACAGUUCUUGGGGUAGAUUUCAAGCGAACAGUGAUUGAAGUGCACCCUAGUUUGGGUGAAGCUGAAGGGUCAAAGAUAGUCAGUAAUGAUGUGAUUGAAAGGUUGGCAUCUAUCAUACAUAAACUGAGGGACGUUAAAGUACAAAGAAUGAACAAGCUUCAAGAUAUUGCAACUACAUUGCUGGAACUUUGGAAUCUGAUGGACACACCAAUAGAAGAACAGCAGCUGUUUCAAAAUGCAACAAGUAAUGUUGCUGCUUCAGAGCAUGAGAUUACAGAGCCAAACUCUCUUUCAGCCGACUUUAUAAAUUUUAUGGAGGCAGAAGUUUUGAGGCUUGAAAAACUGAAAGGUUGCAAGAUGAAAGAGCUGGUCCUAAAGAAGGCGGCCCAACUAGAAGUCAUGCGCCAGAACACACAUUUGGUUACACAAGGAAACUGUGAAUUGGAAAUUGCUAUUGAAGCCAUCGAAGCUGGUGCUAUUGACCCCUCUCUAAUCUUGGAGCAGAUUGAGGCCCAGAUUUCAGGCAUAAAAGAGGAAGCUUUUGGUAGGAAAGAAAUCCUUGAAAGGGUUGAGAAAUGGAUGGCUGCAUGCGAAGAAGAGGCCUGGCUAGAGGAGUAUAACAGGGAUGAAAACCGUUACAGUGCUGGUAGGGGAGCCCAUCUCGUACUAAAACGUGCUGAAAAAGCUCGAGCUACAGUUCAAAGGAUUCCUGGAAUUGUCGAGGCUUUAUGUUGUAAAGUCAUAGCAUGGGAGAAAGAAAGAGGAACUGAGUUUACGUAUGAUGGCGUCCGUCUUUUGUCAAUGCUAGAAGAAUAUGCUUUUGUUCGCCAGGAGAAAGAGCUAGAAAAAAAGAGGCAAAGGGAUCAGAAGAAACUGCAAAGUCAACUAAUUGUUCAACAAGAGGCACUUUUUGGAUCCAAGCCAAGCCCUUCCAAGCCACAAAGCGCUAAGAAAUUGCCAAGAACUUCUACAGGCGGUGCAAGCCGAAGGUUAUCUCUAGGGGCAGCUGCAUUACAGCCAACAAAACCAGAUCUUCUAUGCAGCACUAAGACAACAAAGAGAGCAAACGAGUGCACUUCUGUUUCUCCUGCCAAGAAAGAUUUGGAUGCUGGAAUUCCAGUAAAGAAACUAUCUUUCAAUUCAACAAAUGCAAAUGCUUUCCAAUCUGAUCAUAGAAAGCCAUUUGCCCCUCUGACUCCAACCAACAAUCUGCCAUUGACGACUCAACUAAUCCACAACAUAGUUUCCGAGGAACAAAACAAGACACCGAAGGCGACGCCCAUUGCAACACCUAAGACUCCAGGAACAGUGUCGACUCCAAUGAAGAUGGCCAACACUCCUGCUCCAUGUUCCGUUGCUUAUGAAGAAGAAGCAAAUAUCGUUACAAAAGCAAUUGAGGAGUAUUCCUUCGAAGAAAGAAGACUUGCAUUUUACCUCAGAAGACAGCAGGAAGACUUGCAUUUUACUUGAUUUUUUUUUCUGCUACUCUAAGUUUCUCAAGUUUUGUCUCUUUCUUCGAAGAAUACGCAUUGAUGUACACUUUGUGCUUCCAGCAGCUCUUAUUAACACUUUGUAAGCUUUAGCUGUAAAGCAGGAUUAGUUAUUAUCUGUGGAUGUCGAACCUCACUUAGAGAUCAAUCAACAUGCAUCACAUCAUCUUUAUGCUCUGUAUCGCAGCUCAGUACUGCUCGGUGAUGCAUUCCGGUUGGUCUCUGGACCGCGUUUCGCGUCCGGCCUCCUUACAGAAUAAUUUCUCGUAUAGUAGGGAGCUUUCUGCUCGGUUA